AUGUCCUCUCCACCCAUCGAAGUCCGUCCCCACCCCUCCAAAGGCCGCGCCCUCCACGCAACCAAAUCCUUCCCCCCCGGCGCCGUCAUCUUCCCCUUCACCCCUCUCCUCCUGCUGCCCAACGUCUCCUCCCUCACAAGCGUCUGCUCGCACUGUCUCCGCCCCGGCAUGCCCCGUCUCUGCUCGCGCUGCCACGCGGCCGCAUACUGCGACGCGGCGUGCCAGGCGGCGGCGUGGAAGACGCUGCAUUCGCGCGAGUGCAAAGCCCUGACCAAGACCCUCAGAGACGAGGAGCGGAGGAGGUCGCUGCCGACGCCGACGAGGGCUCUGAUUCAGGCUCUGCUGUGGAAGGAGAUUGCGAACGGGCUGGCGGACCUGGAGGGACAUGUGCUGGAGAAGAGGGCGGAUGGGGAUGAGUGGAGGGAUAUCGAGAUGAUGGCCAUGGCGGGGUGUGCCUUUUCUGGGCAGGGGAUGGGAGACCAGGAUAUUCGGAGGGCGGCUGAGAUGAUCUGCAAGAUUCAGAACAACUCUUUUCAAAGGUUUGAUGCCGAUUUGGGUGUUGUCGGGCUAUUCCUCGAACCUACUCUAGCCAUGGCGAAUCACUCCUGCAUUCCAAACGCCGCGGUCCAGUUCAUCGGGCGAAACGCCCUCCUCAUCGCCGAGAAUCCCAUCCGGGCUGGCGAUGAGAUUGAAAUAGCUUAUACGUUCACAACGGAUCCUUUGCCCAGACGACGAGAAGCAUUGGCUCAUUACAAGUUUACGUGCCAAUGUCUUCGUUGCCGGGAUAAUCUCAACGUCUACCAGGUCGCGGCCAUCUCGCCCUGCGUCAACCUCAACAGCCAGAGUCUCGUACCGGAUGUGUCAAAAUUCCGCGAGCAUCCUGCAACCAGCAGCACCACCAAGCAGGACGUUAUCAAUCGUCACAGUGAGUCGGCUGACCACAUAUCGAACGCGUUGGCCGCGAUCGAGUCACCGUCUGAGCGGCGCAAGCUGUUGAAGAGCGAGUACAGCAAGAGGGAGCCUCUAGUGGAAGAGGAGCUCUGGGCCGUCACGCCGCUGCCCGACAUUCUCUUCAGAAUAUACAUGCUGUACAGCGAGGAGGAAAAUUACGCCUUUGCCCUGACGGUAGCCUGCCUCGUCGCGACGGCUUGCGAUCCGUAUCAGUAUCCCUCGCCGUAUCAUCCCAUUCGACUCAUCGGCUUGUUCACAGUGGCGAACCUGGUUUCCCAUACCGCCGCAGCAACGGCUUCCCAGACAGGCUCGGCUGCUGUACCUGUUCCCGGAAAGGCGACGUUGGAGCAGGAGAUUGAGGAGACGCUGCGAGAAAUCGAUCAGGUGUCGUUGUGCCAGAUGCUGCUCAUCAUGAUUAUCCAGUAUUUGCCAAGCGCAGAGAUGGGCCUGACUGUCAAGGCACGGGCGAUGCUAGAUGACAUUGAGAAGCUGGAGGGCAGGGAGAAAGAGACCUCUCUGAUUGAUGAAUGGCGUCAGGAUCCCAGCAGCGAAAAAUCCCAGGCCUUCUUUGAGUUUGCCGUGGUGAAGCAAGUGGAUGCCUUGGCUAGCCUGGGGAAGAAGGUCUUGAGACGGGAUUUCGAGUCUUGA